AUGUGGCGUUUGUAUGAUGUGGGUGUGGCACUUUGUUGCCUGUUAAUUGCGUGCGGCAUAACGAUUACAAAUGCUGAGCUAACGCCGCCAUAUUUUAAUUUGGCUACUGGCCGAAAAAUAUAUGCAUCCGCCACUUGCGGUACGGAUACUGAUGGACCGGAGUUGUAUUGUAAAUUAGUCGGAGCGAAUACAGAAAAUGAUCACAUCGAUUAUUCUGUCAUUCAAGGACAAGUUUGCGAUUAUUGUGAUCCAAAUGUGCCCGAAAAGAAUCAUGCACCAGAGUUUGCUAUUGACGGUACUGAGGCCUGGUGGCAAUCGCCUCCAUUAUCUCGUGGUAUGAAAUUCAAUGAAGUAAACUUGACAAUUGAUUUCGGACAGGAAUUCCAUGUUGCUUAUUUAUUUAUACGUAUGGGUAACUCACCACGUCCUGGUUUAUGGACUUUGGAAAAAUCCACAGAUUAUGGUAAAACAUGGACACCAUGGCAACAUUUCUCCGAUACACCCGCCGAUUGUGAAACUUACUUUGGUAAAGACACUUACAAACCAAUUACCCGUGAUGACGAUGUUAUCUGCACAACCGAAUAUUCGAAAAUUGUACCACUGGAAAAUGGUGAAAUUCCUGUGAUGCUUUUAAACGAACGUCCAUCGUCUACGAACUAUUUUAACUCAACUGUGCUGCAAGAAUGGACGCGUGCAACCAAUGUGCGUAUACGUCUUUUACGUACCAAAAAUUUAUUAGGUCAUUUGAUGUCCGUAGCGAGACAAGACCCUACAGUGACCCGACGUUAUUUCUAUUCCAUCAAAGAUAUUUCGAUUGGUGGUCGUUGUAUGUGCAAUGGUCAUGCAGAUACAUGCGACGUGAAAGAUCAUAAAAGUCCUGUACGUAUAUUGGCUUGCCGCUGUCAACAUCAUACUUGCGGUAUACAAUGUAAUGAGUGUUGUCCUGGUUUUGAGCAGAAGAAAUGGCGUCAAAAUACAAAUGCUCGUCCAUUUGAAUGUGAACCUUGCAACUGUCAUGGUCAUUCAAAUGAGUGCGUUUAUGAAGAAGAUAUCGAUAAAAAAGGAUUAUCACUGGAUAUACAUGGACGUUACGAUGGUGGUGGCAAAUGUUUGAACUGCCAGCAUAAUACCGAAGGUAUCAAUUGCAAUAAAUGUAAGCCGAAAUAUUAUAGACCACGUGGCAAAUAUUGGAAUGAAACAGAUGUCUGCAAACCUUGCAAUUGUGAAUUCUUUUAUUCCACUGGACAUUGUGAGGAAGAAACUGGACGUUGCGAAUGUCGUAAAGCUUUCCAACCACCAAAUUGCGAUUCCUGUGCUUAUGGUUAUUAUGGCUAUCCAAAUUGUCGCGAAUGUGAUUGCUACUUGUUGGGUACUGAAGGUCAUCAUUGUGAAGCUGUUAAUGGUGAAUGUCCUUGUAAAGUAAAUUUCGCAGGGCAUUACUGCAAACAGUGUGCUGAAGGUUUCUAUGCGUUCCCUGAAUGCAAAGCUUGUGAGUGCAACCAAAUUGGUUCAAUUAGCAACGACUGUGACUUGGAAACUGGUCAGUGCAAGUGUUUAAGUAGUUUUGGUGGCGAACAGUGUGAACGGUGCAAACACGGUUAUUUCAAUUAUCCUAAAUGUCAAUAUUGUGAUUGCGACAUACAAGGAACCCAGGAUGAAAUUUGUAAUAAAGAAAAUGGUCAAUGUAUAUGUCGCGAAGGUUUCGGUGGUCCUCGCUGUGAUCAGUGCUUACCUGGCUAUUUCAAUUAUCCAGAUUGUAAGGCUUGCAAUUGUUCCACCACUGGCAGUACGGCUAUCACUUGUGACAACACCGGCAAAUGUAAUUGUUUGCCCAAUUUUGCUGGCAAACAGUGUACACUUUGUAGUGCUGGUUAUUUCAGCUAUCCAGAAUGUUUGCCUUGUAAUUGUGAUGUACAUGGUUCGGAGGGCGUUACGUGCAAUGCCGAUGGCCAAUGCUUGUGUUUGCCUAACUUUGAUGGUAAACUCUGUGACUCCUGCAAAGAAGGCUAUUAUAACUUCCCAAGCUGUGAAGAUUGUAAUUGUGAUCCGGCUGGCGUUAUUGAUAAGUUUGCGGGAUGUGGCUCCGUGCCCAUUGGUGAGUUGUGCCAGUGUAAAGAACGAGUUACUGGACGUAUAUGCAAUGACUGCAAACCUCUUUAUUGGAACUUGAAUAUAAGUAAUCCUGAUGGUUGCGAAGUGUGUGAUUGUUGGGUUGAUGGUACUAUUGCUGCUAUGGACACUUGUCUAUCGAAGUCAGGACAAUGUACCUGCAAACCGCAUACACAGGGUCGGACUUGUAAAGAGUGCAGAGAUGGUACUUAUGAUUUGGAUGGUGCCUCGCUAUUUGGCUGUAAGGAUUGUAAUUGUGAUGUUGGCGGCUCAUGGAAAACGGAAUGUGACAAAAUGACCGGUCAAUGUGUUUGUCAUCCUCGUGUUACGGGACGAGCAUGUACACAGCCAUUAACGACGCAUUACUUCCCAACUCUGCAUCAAUUCCAGUAUGAAUACGAGGAUGGUUCGCAGCCCUCUGGUGCACAAGUGCGUUAUCAGUAUGAUGAAGAUGUCUUUCCAGAUUUUAGUAGUAAAGGUUAUGCUGUUUUCAAUGAUAUACAAAAUGAAGUUCGCAAUGAUUUAAAUGUAUUUAAAUCGUCUGUAUAUCGUAUUGUUAUACGUUAUGUUAACCCAAAUCCUGAAAAUGUUACCGCUAAUAUUUUAAUACAAUCUGAAAAUCCAUUGGAAGUCGAUCAAAAUGUUAAGGUGCUCUUGCGUCCAACAACCUCUCCACAAUUUGUAACAGUUGCUGGUAUUAAGGGUAAUAAACCUUCCGCUGUUGUUUUGGAUCCAGGCCGAUACACCUUUACUACAAAAACCAAUAAAAACAUCAUGUUAGAUUAUUUUGUACUGUUGCCAGCUGCUUAUUAUGAGGCCUCCAUUUUAACAAGAUAUAUCUCCAAUCCUUGCGAAUUGGGUAACAUGGAACUAUGCAGACAUUACAAAUAUGCUUCAGUUGAUGACUUCCAACCUGCUACAACUCCAUUCAUAAUUGGUUCUAAUAAUAAGCCCACUAACCCAACACAACAUUAUAAUGAUCCAGAACAUUUAUCUAUCAUUAACCAUGUCGGCGAUAUACCUGUCAUUAGCGCAACACAACCCGAUCUUAAUUAUAUUAUCGAUGUGCCACGAAGUGGACGUUAUAUUUUCGUAAUCGAUUAUAUCAGUGAACGAAACUAUGCCGAACCCUACUACAUAAAACUACGAGUAGGUCAAAAUGAGGAGGAUUACGGUACCACAACAUUGUAUCCUUGCUUGUAUUCAACUUCUUGUCGUACACCGAUUAUUGAUGAAAACAGUCGAGAAAAAACAUUUAAUCUGGAUGACGAUGAUAGCAAACCUGUAGUAGUUAGUGCCGAUUUUGAAGAUUUUGGACGCGUCGCUAUUAUUUCAGUUACUGCCAUACCAGCAGAGCAGUGGUCCAUCGAUUAUAUUAUACCAAGUACAGUUUGUGUCAUAAAUAAUCAGCAAUGUGCUACACCUAAAUUCCGUACAGUUCCUGACUCUAAAAAAAUCGAAUUCGAAACAGAUCAUGAAGAUCGAGUCUCAGAAAAUAAGCCACCAUAUGCUGUGCUCGAUGAGCGAGUUAAAUUGGUGCAUUUGGAUAGUAAAAAUGAAGCCACUAUCAUAAUUGAAUCCAAAGUAUCAGAUCCUGGACGUUAUGUGAUUUUAAUCAAAUACUACCAGCCACAUCAUCCCAAAUAUAAUGUCAUGUAUACUUUGACAGCUGGUAAAAAUCAAUAUGAUGGCAAAUUCGAUGUCAAUCAUUGCCCAUCAAGUUCGGGAUGUCGUGGUGUGAUACGUCCUAAUGGUGAAGACUGGUGGUUCGAUAUUGAUGACGAGUUCAAGUUUACUAUUACAAAUAAUCGCCCUCAAGGUGUUUGGUUGGAUUAUAUGGUUGUCGUACCGGUUGAUCAAUAUAAUGACGAUUUGUUGGUAGAAGAAACAUUUGAUCAAACUAAAGAAUUCAUUAAACUUUGCGGACAGGAUCACUUUUACAUUACACAUAACGCCUCGGAAUUCUGCAAGAAAGCAGUAUUUUCUCUAACUGCUGACUAUAAUAGUGGCGCUUUACCAUGUAAUUGUGAUUAUGCUGGCUCUACUAGCUUUGAGUGCGAUCCAUUUGGUGGUCAAUGCCAGUGUAGGCCGAAUGUUAUUGAACGUCAGUGUGGCGCUUGUCGCACAGGCUUCUUUGGCUUUCCAGAUUGCAAGCCUUGUCAUUGCCCAAGCACAGCCAUGUGCGAACCACAUACUGGCGAAUGUGUUUGUCCACCCAAUGUAAUGGGUGAAUUGUGCGAUAUGUGUAUGCCAAAUACAUAUGGUUUCCACCAAAUAAUUGGUUGUGAAUCUUGUGAUUGUAACUAUAUGGGAGUUGCCAAUGGCAAUAUGCAAUGUAAUAUGUUAAAUGGUUCGUGUGAAUCUAAAAUGCUCCCAAUUUUGUUGUUAUGA